AAAAAAAACAGAUCCCAGACAUUGAAGGUUUGGCAUCCUCUCACAGGAAAAGCAAUUUUCCUGUGGAGUUCAGACAUAAAGAAGUGAAAGUUCAAGUUUUCAUCUUCACACCAAUCUUUUUCAUAGUAUUAACAGGAAGUUACUCUUCAGCUUAAAAGAGCUCUUAGAUACUUAUAAAGUCAGUUAUCAUAUCCUUCCACAUAGAAAUAAAUUAUGAAGGGGGAUAAAGAAGAAUGUAUAUUGAGAGGCACUUAGUUACAAAAGAGAAAAUGGUCUUUCUGGCUAAGAGAGAGAAAGGUUUUCUGCAGCUGCUUUUCCUCUUGCCCACCUGUUCUUCCCAGGAAGCUGCAUCUCCAUGAUCCUCUUCUACCUGGCUAAGGAGGCUGUCUUGUCUGUUUCUUUCUGCAGCAUCCAGUGGAGCUGCUUAUUCUUUAUCAUUUGAAAAUGACACUUGUGGUUUUCUGUACAUUUGUUCAAUUUUUAAAGAUGCUGAAGCCCUGCUUCCUUUCUAUAGGCCUACUUUAAACUUGGACCACACUGGCUUUUGUCCCUUUAAUCUGAUUUGUACAGAGCCUUUCUACUGCAUCAUUUACCUUUUUCUUUUUCUUCAGAUACAUCUGAAAGGACACAAUGUCCCACACUCCCCGCUGCAAACUAGUUGACUAUUUUGAAGAACUGAGUGAAGACGAAUUCAAGAAAUUUAAGAUGCACCUCGAGGACUACCCGCUGGAGCAGGGCUACAAGCCCAUCCGUCGCUCCAAGACUGAGAAAGCUGCCUACAUUGAAAUAGCCCGAUACAUGACUGAGAUGUAUGAGGAUGCCAAGGCCCUGAAGAUGACCGUCAACAUUCUGGACCGAAUAAAUAAGAAGGAUCUGGCUGCAAGAAUCCGAAAGGAGAUGCCGGAAUAUUUCCUUCAGUCUCCAGAAUCAGACAAUGAGACGUUUUCUGGAUCUCAAAAGAAAGUGGAGGUGAUGCUGGAUCCCAAGACAGCUUAUCCCACCCUCAUCCUUUCAGAAGAUCGGAAAAGUGUAUAUAUGGGCGAGCGAGCCCAGGAUCUUCCUGACAAUCCUGAACGCUUUAAUUUUGUCCCUUGUGUUCUGGGAGCAGAAGGCAUUGAUUCUGGGACUUCAGAGUGGGUGGUCGAAGUGGGCAAGGCCAAACAGUGGGCCAUUGGUGCUGUCCGCGAAUCAGUAGAAAGAAAAGGAUACUUAUAUAUGACAGCUACCCAAGGAUUUUGGUUAUUGCAGCUGAUGAAUGGAGAAUAUAAGGUUUCCACCACACCUAUGACCAUUCUUCCACUGUGGAAGUCAGUACGACGGAUCCUGGUUCGCCUAGAAUUCAGUUUAGGCAAUCUAGCCUUUUAUGAUGUGGACUCUAAGGAAAUUAUCUUUACUUUCAGCUAUCAAUUUUCUGAGAAAAUGUUCCCCUUCUUCCUGAUCUGGGACAAAAAAAAUCCCUUGAAAAUCAGUCCAAGUGACUCCAGAGGGUAAUUUGGGGAAGAACAAGGAGAAACAGGGUUGUGAAAUGGCCCAACUUGAACCAUGUUCUGUUCAAACUUUGAAGUGAUUGCCGUUAGAUUCAGUGAAUCUUACUUCUGAUUAAACACAGUAGAAUUACAUUGUUAAUUUCUGAUUUCUGCUCCCUUUGUUCUCUUCAUGGGGACAUUUUAAGCCCCUGAGUCUAUGUAUGAAAAAAGCUUGAGAAAUAAAGCUUGCAAAACAUUUAUCCAUUAUUUAUAAAGAUUC